AUGAGCAACUUCAGCCCACCAACCCCUCCCACCAAGCCCGUGAAAGCUAAGAGCUUCGGGGGCCGCAUUUUUUGUCGGAAUACGACCGAGGCGCGUCCAGAACACGCGUCGAACAAGUUAGACUCUCUCUCACGCAAAAACGAAAGCGUAUUUGAUGAUGCUUGUCUUGACGGCUUGAGACAUCCGCGUUCGUCACCAUGUGUUCUGUUAAGUCGUCGCCCAGCUAAUCUUGACGAUCCUGCCCUUCCUCUCCAUCCGACUGAGCACUUACCCGCAUCCCCGACCGCCACUGCCACCAUCCAUCAAUCGAAUCGCCGGCCCAUGCACUCGGGACGAUUGCACUCGUCCAAGUCAGCUUCCAGCAUUGCCACUAAAACCGCUCAGAAGAUAUCACUUACCCCCAAAUCUUCAAACCCUAAUCUUCAGGCCACAUCCUCGACACCUAUCCUUGCGCCAACUCCCCUUAGUAGCUUAAUUAAACAGAGUUUCCAAGACAUACAGGCUUUGCGCCGCGUUAGCAAAACACCCUCGCUUCGGGCCGACCCCGGUCCAGAACCUCAGCAAGAGCUAGACUUUGAGCGCGUCGAGCAGAACCUCAAGCGUUUUGAAGAUGUCUACACCAAAUUUCUCGAGGGCGGAAGGAACGAGGGUGAACCAAUUGAGGAGGUCCACCUUAUGGCUAUGGUGUGCCGGCGGUCAGGUUUAAUUUCAGGAGUAGUAUAG